AGUAAACUCUCUCUCUCUCUCUCUCUCCCAAAUGCCGUUUCACAGAACUCUCCGUUUCCUCUCUCUAUAUUCCAUCCUCUACAAACCAAACACUAACCCUAACGGCUAUCUUCAAACCGUUAGUCGCCGUUUCUCCUCCGACCAAUCAUGGCUCUCCGUUCCCGGUAACCCCCUCAUCAAGUGGCCCCCACUGCUCCACCCACAAUGCUCUCCUCCACCUCCGAAUCCAAACCCUAACCCUAACCCCAAUUCUUCGCAAAAUGAUUUCUCCACCAUUUCUGACCUCUUCGCUGACCCUACCAUCUCUCCCGGUCCACCCCUCGAGGCUGCGCUGGACCGGGCAGGGAUCGAGCCGGACUCGGCUCUGCUACAGGCCGUGUUUGAACGGUUUGAUUCUUCCCCCAAAUUGCUGCACACGCUCUUUGUUUGGGCGGAGAAGCGGCCUGGGUUUCAACCCUCUGCGGCGCUGUUCAACUCCGUGAUCAAUGUGCUCGCGAAAUCCAAGCAGUUCGAGUCCGCGUGGUCGCUGGUUCUUGAUCGGAUUGGUGGAGAUGAGGAACAGCGCGCCUUGGUUUCUAGGGACACGUUUGCGGUUAUGAUCAGACGCUACGCUCGCGCAGGUUUGACCCAACCUGCGAUUCGGACAUUUGAAUUUGCAUGUAAUUUAGACCCAAUUCGUGGUUUGGAUUCAGAGAUGAGGUUGUUUGAGAUUUUGUUGGAUUCCCUUUGUAAGGAAGGGCAUGUAAAGCCAGCCUCAAAAUAUUUAGAUCAGAGAAGGAAGUUGGACCCAGGUUGGGUUCCGUCAAUACGGGUUUAUAAUAUACUUUUGAAUGGAUGGUUUCGAUCAAGGAUACUCAAACAGGCAGAGCAGCUUUGGGAGAAGAUGAAAAUGGAUGAUGUGAAACCAAAUGUUGUGACGUAUGGCACUCUUGUGGAAGGGUAUUGCCGGAUGCGUCGUGCUGAAACGGCAAUUGAAUUGGUGCAUGAAAUGAGAAGGGAAGGAAUUGAGCCAAAUGCGAUCGUGUAUAAUCCAAUAAUUGAUGCAUUGGGAGAAGCCCGGAGGUUUGAAGAGGCAAUGCGGAUGCUGGAGCGGUUUUUGGUUUUAGAAUCAGGGCCCACUAUCGCAACAUACAAUUCCCUGGUGAAGAGUUAUUGUAAGGCAGGAGAUCUUGUAGGGGCUAGUAAGAUCCUUAAGAUGAUGAUAAAUAACCGCCUUUUGCCGACUCCUACAACCUAUAACUAUUUCUUUCGGUACUUCUCUAAACAUGGGAAGAUUGAGGAGGGUAUGAACCUUUAUACCAAGAUGAUUGGAUCUGGGUAUACACCAGAUCGUCUAACUUACCAUCUUUUGAUGAAAAUGUUGUGUGAGGAGGAGAGACUGGACUUAGCAGUUCAAGUUAGCAAGGAAAUGAGAGCCAGGGGUUGUGAUAUGGACUUAGCUACAAGCACUAUGUUGGUUCAUUUGCUUUGCAAAAUGCAUAGAUUUGAAGAGGCUGUUGCAGAGUUUGAGGACAUGACUCGGAGGGGCAUAAUUCCUCAGUAUCUUACUUUCCAGAGAAUGAACAAUGAAUUAAAGAAACAAGGAAUGAAUGAAAUGGCACAGAAACUACGGAACAUGAUGUCUUCUGUCCCUCAUUCAAUGAAGUUGCCAAAUACAUAUGGGGGGGAAGGAGAUGCAUCACGCACAAAGAAAACAUCUAUAAUGCAGAAAGCCGAAGCAAUGUCUGAUUUGUUGAAGACUUGUACAGAUCCAAGAGAACUUGUUAAGUGUCGUAAUACAUCUAAGAAUGUUGUAUCAAGUGCAGACCAGUUGAUAGAGGAAAUUAAGAAGAAAAACUAACAGUACUCAAAAUUUUGAGCCAGCAUGAGGAGUAAAGAACUCUUUAAUUGCACAUGCAAUAAGUUGAACUUAGAUAUUGAAUCGGAAUGACUAAUGGAUGACUAAUUGGAGAUCUUUUUGUGUUUUACAAGUUAGCAUGUGCUUAAAACUUAUCCAGCUUCCAGUAAAUGAUAUGCGUGCAGCUUUCUAAUGGAUGGCUGAAAUCAAGUCGCUCAAAUCAAAUAUGAACCUGUGAGCAUGUGCAGGCCGAGUUUUGGGGAUUGUUCAUUGAAGAAACAAUGGAAGGUGAGUUGGACGCUGGAGGAUUAAAUCAAAAUUUUGUAGGAAUUUGAGGUGCACGUAUUUUAGGAUUUGAAAAUGGGGUUGGAGGGUUUUUGAUGCUGCAAUCACUUCCACCACUUCCUUCUUUCACCUGGGAUCACUUGCACAAUAGAGCUUCUGUUUUCUUGGUCUCCAGAACCCUGACCAGGAAUGAGGGAAAAGCUUUCAGACUCCUAUCUAUGAAGUUCUUGUGGAAGCUAGUCUCAAAAUAGUGGACUCUAUUAAGGCCUAGGCGAGGAUGUGAUUAUGAAAGUGAAUGUGAACGGUAAUUCUCUUGUAAAUCAGUAGACAUGGGUUCUGAUGGGACAUUGAUUAAGGCCUAUCAACAGUUGCUAAAUAGGGAUUGGGAGUGCUAGACUAAACACUUUAUUGGCGAGGAAAUUCUUGCACAGAUUGUCAGAUAGCUGCACCCUAUUGCGUUGUCAAGGAUAGCAAACUUUCACCUGCCACAUUGUUGAUUGCGAGCAUUUCUAUCAGGAUGUCAUUGGGGCCACAAAGGCCUAAAAGGUUUGUAGUGGUAUGCAUUGCUCGUUAAAUAAAAAGCCUUGUGCAUUUUUGUAGUGACUUAUCUUUCUUCUUAGCCUGCUUACACUCCUAAUGACUUCCCCAUAUAUUAGAGACAGGGACGGAACCGCUUUGACUUUGGGGACCUAGGGCCAAAAAAUUUUUAAGGAGGGACCAAUUAGCAAAAA